AUGAGCAAAGCUCAGCUUCCCAAAUUGAAAACAUUUAUGGACAAAAAGUUAUCACUGAAAUUAAAUGGUAGCAGACAUGCCCAAGGAAUAUUGAGGGGAUUUGAUCCCUUUAUGAAUCUUGUGAUAGAUGAAUGUGUGGAGAUCGCAACUAGUGGACAACAGAACAAUAUUGGAAUGAUGGUAAUACGAGGAAACAGUAUCAUGUUGGAUGCCUUGGAACAAGUAUAA